UUGGAUAGCGGAGAAAAUUUCCAAAAAAAAAAAUUCUUUCAAAUUAAAAUUGUCAGCUGAACCAAAAUUUUAAUUUGAAAAUGAUUUCGUCUAUCAAUUCUAUUCGUUAUCGUUUUCAUCAAUUUAUUUGUCGUAGAUAUUGUCAUAAUAUUCGAUCAUUAGAUACAAUCAGAAAAAUUCUUGAUUAUGGCCAACCCUCCGAUUGUUAUCAAUAUAAAGUUUAUGGUUGGAUACGUGGGAAGAUACAAAAGAAAAAAUCUAAAUGGUUUCUUCAGCUAGAUGAUGGUAGUUCUGCUGAACGUUUGCAAGUUAUUAUACCCGUAUCAUUGAUGGAACUAAAUGAUCGUUCAAGAAUACAAAACGGUGCAUCAUUAGAAUGUAUUGGACGUUUGUCAGAAAGUUUAGGCCAUCAACAAUCUUUGGAUUUUCUUUGUGAUCAAUUCACUGUGAUCGGUGAUUGUCCACCUGAUCAUUAUCAGAUUGGCCAUUUGAAAAGUGGCAUGGAAUUUGAUUUACUUCGUGAACAAAUUCAUCUGCGGCCUAGAGUUCGAUAUUUUCAAUCGAUUCUGAGGAUAAGAAAUGAAUUAUCUCGUGCUAUUCAUAAAUUUAUGUCUGAUAAUCAAUUUAUUGAAGUACAAGUGCCAUUAAUCACUGCAAACGAUUGUGAAGGUGGUGGUGAAUGUUUUACAUUAAAUCCCGCAAAUUGGCCUAUUACUAAUCCAGAAAGAUUAUACUUUGGUCGUCCAACAUAUUUAACGGUAUCGGGUCAACUUCAUCUGGAAGCAAUGGCCAGUUCAUUAUCUCGUGUUUAUUGUCUAAGUUCAGUGUUUCGAGCAGAAAAAUCAAUGUCUCCCAAACAUUUGAGUGAAUUUUUAAUGCUUGAAUUGGAACAAGCUUUUCUUUUCGAUCUCAAAACUUUAAUGUCAUUGGUAGAAUCGCUUUUUCGUUAUCUUCUCGAUGAAAUCGAAAAAAAUUGUCAAAAAGAUUUAGAAUUUCUAUUGGAUAUGAAUCAGCAUCAUAAAUAUUAUGAUAAACUUAAAAGCUCUAAAUUCCUUCAAAUUUCUUAUCAAGAUGCUUGUCAAAUGUUAUCGAGUAAAUAUCCUCAAUUGAAUGAAAAUAAAAAAAUGAAUCUUAAUGCAGAAAUGGAACGAUCCAUUUUGGAAAUCUGUGAUCAUCAACCAAUUUUUGUAACAAAUUUCCCCAUGGAAAUUAAACCUUUCUAUAUGAAAUCUACUGAUGAUGGUACAAUGGCACAAUGUUUUGAUUUAUUAACUCCAAUUUGUGGUGAAGUAUGUGGCGGUAGUCUAAGAGAAAAUCGUUUAGAACGUUUAGUUGAACAAAUCAAAUCGAAAAAUGUGAUCAAUAAUACUAAUCAAUUAGAAUGGUAUCUAGAUUUGCGAAGAUUUGGAUCGGUACCAACUGGCGGUUUUGGUUUUGGUUUUGAUCGAUUUCUGCAGACUGUUUGUGGUGUUGUCAAUAUUAAGGAUGUUGUACCAUUUCCUCGUUGGCCUUAUCAUUGUAGAUUAUAAUCUGAAUUUUCAUUAGACCAUUACAAAAUUGAUUGAAAUA